GGUCAAUGGCCCUCCUCUCGGGUGCCUUGGCUUCCCGCCCAGCCAUUCAUCGUGGCAUCACACCUGAUGAAGCGGCCGCUCUCCAGCAGCCUCUUUCGGUGGUCCCUUUACAGAGCGACGUACAGAGCGGCAGGAGUGGCCAGCUCUCCGGGCAAUUACCGCCACUCCGCUCGCCACUCACACCCGGCCAUCAGCUGCAGCAGAAGAGUCUACCGGUGGCGGGCACGCGAGUCGGUGGGAGCGGCCUAGGGCAGACAGGCCGGCCAGCUGUCGACGUUCCCCCAUGGCCUUCUGGCCUGCUGCCGCACACCAUCCUCUUGCACUGCCCGGCCGUGGCACAGCACCACUUUAUUCCAAGGUACGGAAACCCAAACACAUCACGCUAGCUGUCCUUUGGUGGUCCCUCCAUGCUCUUCUCCCUUCUCACAUAUAUGUGUGCGAUGAGAAGCCCUUCCCUGUCGGGAAGUUUGGCUAUCAGGAGACGAAACACGCCGCCACCGCACACCGACGGGCGAUGGACGUGGUAGUGUCGCCUUGGCCUUCACCUGGCGGCGGGAUAGCAGCUUACCGCCCGAUUGACAUCGUCAGUCCCCCCGCAACCGCCUCCACGCGGCCGAUGUCGGAGCAUCAAAGCGGUGUCAGAGGCGUCAGCUUCAACAAGUGCAAAAACUCAUGGACGGCCACCUGGUGUGUGAACCGCAUCCCCUAUAGGACAAAGAAGUUCUCGGUGAGGAAAUAUGGCUAUGAGGGCGCCAAGAAGGCCGCCAUCGCACACAGGCGGGAGAUGGAGCGAUUGAAGCACUACUUCGACGGGCAGUGUGGCAGUCUCAUGGCGAUCCCUCCUGCCGAGCGCCAUCGUCAGGGCGCUGUGGAUCACCGGAGCGGCCCCCAGGAGGAGACCGACACAACAGACGGCUGCGCGGGGCCUCAUGAGACCAGGGCUGGUGGGCAGCCAGCCGCCACGUCGGCCGCUGACAUGGAUGGCAGCAGCAGGGUGGAGGAGGACGUCAUGCUGACUAAGCUGCUGGAGGGCGUGCGUGCGACUGAUCCUGAGAGCGGCGGUCGGUAUGAGAUCGCCACAGUGACGGCGGCCGGCCGGCAGACAAAGGCAGUCCGGUGGAGGCCGUCGGGUUAGAGGAGACAACACAGGGCAAGGAAGGGCAGGAUUGAUCUGCCUGUGUGUCUGCUGAUCAGAGGUGUGUGUAGCGUCUGACCGGCGUGAUGUCCAGGACCAGGGUAAUGGACACCCGGUUGGCUCAGCCGGGGUGCACCACUUCACCCAUCGUCUCGGCUGUCCGCCUGUGUGCCUUUCAGGAUUGGCUGAUCCUUCGAAGCGCCGUAUGCCAAGCAGCGCCCCUGUCGACCCCUGCAAUGGCCGAGACCCCUCGCCGGACGGCAGCCGCCCUCCGAAGCGGCGGCGAACAGAGCCGCCGCAGAAUGACUCGCAUCAUGAAGGACGACCAAUGGGCCAGACAAACAAGACGGUCGUCACCAAGCACACCUCGGACAUACCAGGGGUCUGUUGGUGUGCGUCGACCCGAUCCUGGGUAGCCUCAUGGGUCGAGAAGGGCGACAAGAGGCGGAAACACAAGUUCUUCAGCGCUCGUAGCUAUGGAUUCGACAAGGCCAAGGUGCGCAUGACGCCGCCUAUCACCACUAACGCCCCAAAAGAACUCUGGGUGUGUCGUUCGUGUGUGUGUGUGUGUGUGUGUGUUGUCCACUCAGGCGUUGGCCGAACAGCACCGACGUGAAAUGGAAGACCACACCAAGGGCACUGUCAUCACCAAAUCCGGUGAGGAGCACAAGAAAGGAAUUCAAACACCAUCACUGACCUUCGUGUGGUCCCGCCAAUUGCAGACCACCAGUCGGAUGUGGCGCGUGUUCGUUGGCAUGAGGAUAAGCAGGCCUGGAGGGCAUCGUGGUACGAGAAGGGCGACCCGAAGAAGAAGGAGAAGGACUUUUGCGUCAAAGAUCAUGGAUUCGACAGAGCAAAGGUGCGCAUGACGUCGCCCAUUCCCUCUGUCUCGCUCUGAGUGUCCCAUGUGUGUGCCUCCGUCCGUCAGGCGUUGGCCGAAGAGCAUCGCCGUGAGCUGGAGCGCACCGGACGGGUGGUCGUCAGGAAGAGAUCGGAGCACCAGAGCGGCGUCAAGGGCGUCAGCUAUCACAAGGGCAAGAACUCAUGGGUCGCCAACUGGUACGAGGGCGGCAAGCAGAAGUUAAAGCCGUUCUCUGUGCGGCAGCUGGGUAUGGAGGGCGCUAAGAAGGCCGCCAUAGCGCACAGGCGGGAGAUGGAGCGACAGCAUUACACAUUCAAAGACAGGGGAGAGGCCGGUCGGCGAGACAAGGCUGGCGUCCACCGUGAUCCAUCCUUAUGACUGUCUCUCUGUCUGUCUGUCUGGGUCUGUGUGUGUCACUGUUGCCGUCAGCAGGUCUCUCUUCGCCGCGUGACGACCAAGCGACUCUAUCAUCCCGCAAUGCUCUAGCUGAGUCGUCCACAGCAUCGCCAGCCGACCUCAGUUUUUCUCUUUACCCCGAGCUGAUGGCUAAGGCCGUGAGCGCUUGCCAGACCACCGCCCCCCUCCCCAGCACCAGCGCGACUCAGACAGCUGCAGCCUCACCGCGUGUGGCCAUCGCACCAUGACUCGAGAGCAUACUGACCGGUGUGGCCAAUCAGAGAGGGACCACACAGCCGGAGGGAGGAAUACUUCCAUCCGAUGACAUGCGGCUGCAGCCAGGUAAGCACGACCCAGCGCACGAUGGAUACCCUCACAGCAGCAGUGAUGUGUGUGUGUGUCAGGAUUGAUCUUUUCUGCGACGAGUUGGCGACACACGGCUUCUGUGGCGAGGGGCUAUUCCUAGUCGAGACUUGACGAGAGCGACAGCACGGCUCCCAAGGCGAUCGUGGUCCCUUUAUGAGAGGGUUGCCCACUGGGCCUGCCUGUGCGGUCGCGACGACGACACACAGACGACCAGCCGUCAUAGGUCGGCUGGUGAUGUGUUGUGGGCCUCUAAGUAGAGCCGUCUUGCAAAAUUUUGACGUGCGAUUGAUGGGGAUGCAGAGGCGUGCAGUGUGCCUGUACGAGUGUGUGUGCCCUCUCGGGACAGAGAGUGUGUGGGACACAUGAGUGGGGCGACGGAGUCUGAAAGCUCCGAGAGCAAAUUGCAGUCGAUUGCGUGAAACACACACGUCUGUGGUUUGUCACCGCAGCACAGCACUCGCACUCAGGGGUCACUUAGAGAUACCAAAACGGGUCGGUCGCUACCAAAAGCUGCGUGGCAAAAUCAGGCCAUCGGUAUGAAUGAAUGAAUGGACGGGUGGGUGGGUGGAGUGUAGAUUAGAUAUAUACGGUGGAUGCGAGUCAAAGCGCAGAGACAGACAGACAAGCAGAAUAGUGACAAAUCGUCCUGGUGUCUUGCUGUACAGUAGUGUGUGUGGGUGGGAAGUGGCGGUGUGUCACUCAUGUGUGGGGAGGCAGGCCAGAGUCACUAGACAGCUCAGUUGGACGACAGACAAGGGAAGAGUCGUUUGCGUGUGAAUGAGUGACAGAAAGACACACACGUACAGCCACACACACACAGACAGAGAGAGAGCAGGCCACGCA